AUGAAGGCCAUGCCAACAGUCGAUCAGUUUCCGACCUUUGCUGAUACAGAGUCAUGGCUGCGAGAAGAAGCGUGCCAAUGCAUUUGGUAUCUCCCCGAAAGAAAGAGAUGCUGUAAGGUCGGCAUCACCAAUGAGUACAACAAGGCCGCCCUUGACCUGGUCAACACCAUUUCUGACAGUAGCCUUUCACUUCAAGAAGUGCUUCCGAUACUGGCUGAUAUAGCAGAGAAAUGUUGUUGUGGUCGUCAUCAUCGCAACAAGAUUUGGGGUUCCCAUAUGAAUUUCCAUUUAGCCAGCCGGUGGCAGAAUGAAAUCUCGUCAGAAAAAUAUCACCAAUUUUCAACAUUCAGGAAGCGCAGUGAGAGUCUUGAGAUUCCUAAACUCAAACACGAGAAAGGCUUUUCUAGCCUGCCACUAUUGGAACAGCCUUCCCUGAAUCACACUGUUGCUGUUAUUCCUAACGCGAAAGUAGUCGUUUUUGCAAGGCAUGAGGCUUUCAAGGGCGAGACCUUGCUUUCAAAGUUGAUGGAACCUAUCAAUUGCAAUUCUACAAAAAAUGGAUCUGUCUACUUGUACACGCACACCGAAAAGACAUUCUCUGGUGUCAUCAAGGUGGGAUUCACUGGCCGCUCAAAAGUCUAUGUUCGACUAGAUGAAUGGGCUAAAUGUGGCCAUGGAAAUCCGGUCCUUUUAAAGUCCUACAACGAUAUUAGAUACCCUGAGAGGAUUGAGCAACUCGUCCAUUUCGAACUCGCAAGAUUCCGGUAUGAAAUCAGAUGGUGCAAAUUCCACGGACAGUCACACAUUGAAUGGUUCCAGAUAGCCUUUGAAGUCGCAAGCUUAACUGUUCACCAUUGGUCACAGUGGAUGGAACGCGCCAAUCCUUAUGAUAGGCGCGGUACUCUCAAAUCAUUUUGGAAAGAAACUAUUGUCUUUCUGACCGAUUACGAUAUUCCAAUUACAGCUGUUUUGAUGAUGCAGAUCCAGGAAAUCGAGGAAGGAUCAUCCGAUCUGCCGGACUUCAUCAAGGAUGACAAAUUCUGGAAGCGGACAAGAUCGAUUGUCAAGAAAGAAUCUUGA